AUGGCAGCAGAGCAGAGGAAGCUGUUGGAGCAGCUCAUGGGAGCUGACCAGCUCAUGGGCACAGGCGCAGCCUCUCGCAAUGCCCAACUCACCAUCACCGACCCCAAAGUCUGCCGCUCCUACCUUGCCGGCACGUGUCCCCACGACCAAUUCACCAACACCAAACAAGACCUGGGUCCCUGCCCCAAGCUUCAUAGCGAGGGGCUAAAGGCAGAAUACGAAGCUACAUCGGCCAGCGACAAGGCGAAAUGGGGGUUUGAAUACGACUAUAUGCGCGAUAUGCAAAAGUAUAUUGAUGAAUGUGAUCGACGGAUCGAUUCCGCGCAGCGACGGCUGGAGAAGACGCCUGAUGAGAUUCGGCAGACUAAUAACUUGUUGAAACAAAUCUCCGAACUCACCAAAACCAUCAACUCCGGCCUCCUCGAAGUCUCCGUACUGGGCGAAAUGGGCUCCGUCUCCCUGGCCAUGUCCGAACUCUUCAAAGUCCGCUCCGCAAAACACCAGAAGGAGGUCUACGAGCGCGACCUGAGGAACCUAUCAGACACAUCCGGACCCUCGGGACACCAAAAAUUGCAGGUUUGCGACGUCUGCGGCGCAUACCUCAGUCGUCUUGAUAAUGAUCGUCGUUUGGCGGAUCACUUUUAUGGGAAGAUGCAUAUGGGGUAUUCGGAUAUGCGAAAGACAUUCAAGAAGUUGAGUGAGGAGUUGAAAGGGAGACCACCACCAGCGAGACAUGAUGAUGGAUAUGGUGAUGAGGGCGGUUGGGGUGGUCGCGGCGGCGGCGGUGGUGGGAGAGGAUAUGGACGGUCUGGUGGUGGUGGAGGAGGUGGUGGGUAUAGGAAACGGGGUGGUGGUGGUUAUGGAGGAGGAGGAGGAGGCAGAUGGUAG